AUGCUGUUUCGUGUGACUCUCCACGUUCUUCGUGCUUAUUCUACAACCCUCAACAGAGUGGAAAACACUCAAGCGGAAGCGCUCUCCUUUGCUCAUGCUUUUCGUUCGCUUCUCUCACUUCUCAACAGAAUCGGAACACGCUCCAACAGAUGUCAACAACGACAGAAGCUGCUCGCUAUAGCCUUUUACAACUGUCCGCGACAAAUGGAAAAAGGAGGCGCGCCAGAUGAAUCAGGAUCAUUCUCAAAGCCCUUUUUUUUUGUGACAAGUUGCAUCUUUCUACUGUUAAAACAGAGACUGAAAUUGCAGAAACAUGCUUUGUUUGAGGUUGCUUGUAGUUCUAACUAAGUUGCUUUAUAAUUUUAAGUAGUGUUAAUGAAAAAUCAAACCCAGCGGUACUAGGCCUAGGGGUACGUAUAGCUAAUCUACCUCGACUUAGCUUGUUGUAAUAAUAGAGCAGUUUAUAAGGUUUCACAGCUCGCAUGGCAUGGAGUGCAUGGAUCACAUGGAGUAGCAUGGAGCUAAAGGGGGAGC